AUGGAUGAAAUUGAUAAUAAUGAGAAUAGAAUUUAUGAUCAUAGGGUUUAUAAUGAUGAGAUGAAUUUUUUUGAGAAUAAUAAUUAUAAUAGUGAAUUAAUUAUUCCAAAUGAUUCUGUUUCUGUGUUAUCUGUUUUAGAUUCUUUAAUUACCAAUUCAAGUACCAAUUUAGACACCAAUUCAAGCACCAAUUUAAUUGCUAAUUCAAGCACCACCAAUUCAAGUUUUAAUAUUAAUGUUAUUAAAAAAUUCAAUAAAGCAACUACAUCAAAGAAUAGAUCCCCU